AUGAACACUACCACCAUUUGUUCGGUCCGCUCAUGGUUGGGCAUCCCCUACGCCAAGGCAAAACGCUUCCGUCGGUCCGUCUUGCUCCCUUUUAACCCGGAUCUGCCCUACAAUCAGAAGGGGCCGGCGCCAGUGCAAGCCGGCAAUACCGACUGGCUCGAGGCCGACAACGGACUGAGCGAGGAUUGUCUGAAUCUCAACAUCUGGGCCCCCGAAGACGCAAGCAGAGCCAAACUUCCCGUGAUCGUUUACAUCUUCGGUGGCGGGUUCGAAGUCGGUGCGAACACGACGACGACCUCCAACGCCUCGGGUCUGGCUGCAACUGGCCGCGCCGUUGGUGUGUCUCUGAACUACCGUCUCGGACCGCUCGGCUGGUUAUCGCUGUCUCAGUACGGCGGCGUCUUAGCCGAAGCGACCAACCUCGGCCUGCAGGACAUCAUCAGCGCGCUGCGAUGGAUACAGGAGAACAUCGCUCGCUUUGGCGGGGACCCGCAGCAAGUCACCGUCGCCGGCCACAGCGCUGGAGCGUACUCGACCAUGGGGCUCAUCGCAGCUCCGGCCGCCGACGGUCUGUACCGGCGCCUCGCCGCCUUCUCCGGCGGUGCAUCCCGCAUCGUUCCGGCGUGGUGGGCCGAAGAGCUGGCGAUCAAGGUCCUCGCCGAACUGGGCAUUGCCGACGACCCCGAACAGCUGCUGACUGCAGACGCAACACUGCUCGCCGAGACGCUCAUCAAGGUCAGCCCGCGCGACAUUGGCGACAGACACGGCGUCGACAACACGACCAUUGGUGUCGUGAACGAUCACUCCCAGCCCGGGGCAGUUCUCACUGACACGCCGCUGCGUGUGCUCGCUUCCGGCCGUCGUCGAGAUGUCGACAUUCUCCUCAGCACUGCAACGAACGAGGCCGAUUGGUGGGUCAUCAAUGCGACUGAAAAGUUCGACCCUGGCAGCAUCGACAACUUGGUCGAUGAGCUUGUUACCAAGUCGCGCAUACCCCGAAGCCGUGCCAGGAAAAUCGUUGCAGCCUACGACGUCGACGGACGCACUCCAGUCGAGGUCCGCGGGGCUCUUUUCACUGAUUACUUCUUCACGCUUCCAGCUGCGCGCGCAGCACUCGCGCAUUCCGCCGAGGGCGGCAAUGUCCAUCUACUCAGCAUCGGCCCCGUCCAAGAUGCGCCAGCCGUACACGGCACGGAGAUGUACGGCAUUGUAGGGCAGCAACGCCCCGAACGCAGUGAGGAGCAAGCCAGGCGGGACACGUUCGUCCGCGACGCACUCCUGGACUUCGCAGAAGGCAAUCAUGACCGGCUUUGGAAAACCGUGGCUGGAGAACCUACCACGCACGGCAUCGGUAACCCCCCGUACGACCCGACCAUCCAUGCGGCCGACGUUCUCCGAACCUUUGAAGGCAUUGAACGGACAUAA